GAAACGUCGGGUGCUAAAAUCUAAAAUUAAACCGCGAUAAAAUCCGUAAAAGUUUCAUUUCAGUGUCUAACAUUCGUAAACCUAAGAAACCAGACCUAAGUUGUUAAUCCUUUUGACGCAAAUCUGUUUUGACAUUUGGAAUAUUCAUUUAUUUUCAGGUGCUGAAUGCAUAUUAGAUUCAAAUUUAAACAUCAAGGGAACAUGCGUUUCAAAAAGAAGUUGCCGAUCUGCGUUGGAUAAGAUUAGUCCCCCGCUUCCAAAGUGCCUAUCGAGAAAUGUCGGUACAAGGAAGAAGACUGUUGUAUGCUGUGCCGACUGCGAUCCUAUUGAAGACACCUCUAAUGAGGUGUUGGCUCCAAACGGACAAAUUUUCAGGAAGACUGGCAAAAUAGCGACAGAUAGAUGCCUGUUGUAUUUGAAAGAACUGCCAUACAAGUGUCGUGAUAAAUACAAUUCGGAAUUCAAGAGAGAAUUUAACGAAAAGAAAAAAUGUUAUGACAUGAAUCGUUUGGCCAAUAGAGUUCAAGAAAAGGACGAAAUAAGCGAAAGAGCUGAAUACCCACACCAGGCACUAAUUGGCUUCAAGACACCAGAGUCUAUUGAAUGGAUAGCUGGAGGAUCUAUAAUCAGCAGCCGCUUCAUAUUAACAGCUUCCCAUGUCACACAACUCGGCCGUGGGGGCAAGCCGUCCAGCAUUGCUGUGGGAGUAAAGAAUAUGUCAGAUACAAUCAGUUACAACGGGUUGCCAUGGCAAAUUGUCAAAGUGAAGUUUAUAGCAAAACACCCAUCUUACAAGUUAUUCCCCCGAAUACACGAUAUUGCUCUUAUAAAAACUGAAACACAAAUCGAAUUCAAUGAAAACGUGCUACCAGCAUGUUUGGAUGUAACCGGUGUGGAUAUAACUGAUGCUGUGGCUACAACAUGGGACGAUAUUACGCAACGGAAGACAGUAUCUGACACCAUUCAAACGGUAACAAAUAUAGCACCAUUUUCUAAAGAAAAAUGUUACGAUGAUAUGAACACUACAGUGGAGGUCUGUCUAGUCAGCAACUCAAGUUUAUCUCAUAUGAGCUGGGGCUACUCUGGCGAGCCAUUAUUGAUAAAUUCUCUCUAUUCAUCAUGCCCCUACAUCAUAGUGGGAGUGACAUCAAUUCCUCUCGAAGCUAAUCCUUUGAGAUCCAAGUAUGAAAUGACAGCAGUCGUCUUCACCAAGAUCUCAAUGUUUGUACCCUGGAUUGAGAAGAUAGUUUGGGCUGGAGACAAGAAUACAAAAAAUAGUGGCAAUCGCCAUUUUAAAGUAACAUUUAUUUAUUUAUUAAUGCUUAUUUAUAUUUACAAUCUUCAAUGGUGGAAUUGAGGCGGAAACUGAGUGACUCAUUGGUCUAGUGGUUAGUUGCCCUGCCUGUUGUACGGUAGGUUGUGGGUUCGAUUCCCUCCAAGGAUAAAUAAUUGUGCUAUGAGCACGAAUUUUUUUUCUGACUGGUUGAGGUCUUCAUUCAAUUCAAUUAUUUAUUGCAUAAGUACCAUAAUGUGAUGAUAGGUCAUCAAUAAAAUUAUUAUAAGUAAGUUUACAGCUCAUUAUGGACUCAUUACAGACAUAUCUCAUUACAGUUUAUUUAUAAUAAAUAAAACUAGCUGUUGCCCGCAACUCCGUCUGCGUGGACUUCAGGUUACAGCGUUCGGUGAUCCCCGCUUCCAUGGAAAUACAUCCCCUUAGUGACCUUUUCAAUUUUCCCUCGGGAACUAUUUCAAAAAUCGGGAUAAAAGGUAGCCUUUGUUCUUUUCUUUGUCAAUGUAAUGGCUAUAUGCAUGCCAAAUUUCAUCCAA